AAACAAUGAAAAUGCAAUUAAACAAAAUAGGCGGCAAGAUUAUGUAGCUAACGGCCGAGCUGUGUUGUGUAGCUAUUGUUAGGCUAUAUCAGACAUUACGGUAUACGGUAGUCUGGCGCCUCAUAAGGAGGUCUAACACAGCAAAGAUUUCAGCACCGUUUAGCUAAUAUUCGCUCUUAAUGUGAUGUAAAGUUGGUUUAUUAACAGUAAAACACGUAAUAUAUAUUAUUCAGUGGGUUGUUCAUCAUUAAGAAACGAUGGAUAAUUGAACAAAAAGUGAUGUAGCUAACGGUUGAGUUGUUUUGUAUAGCUACCUUUUAUUGUACAUUACGGUACUCUGGCGCGUCAUACGGAGGUCAAAUAACUACAAUAACAUUUCAGCACCAUUUAGCUCAUGCUCGUUCAAAAUGUGAUGUGAAGUUGGUUUAUUGACAGUUAAACACUUAAUAGAUGUUAUCCAGUGGGUUGUUCAUCAUUAAUAAACGACGGCUAAUUAAACAAAAGGUGAUGUAGCUAACGGUUGAGCUGUUUUGUGUAGCUACCUUUUUAUUGUACACUACGGUACUGUGGCGCGUCAUAAGGAGGUCAAAGGACUACAACAACACACAUUUCAGCAGACUGUCAUUAGUUUCCCUAUAUAUUUGACCCUAUAAGGACUAAACGCGUUAAUAUGUCGUGUUUGCGUAUAGGAAACUGCUUGUGGAAAGUAGGAAUCAGGUUUUGUUUGUAUCGCAGUUUGAGUUCAAGAGCAAGCAGGACGGUGUGUGCAAACGGCUUUGGUGAAAGGAGUUUGUGUCCAGCUCAAGGUGCAGCAGCUCCGUCCAGACAAACAAGCUCUCCCCGGUGGGAUGGCGCUCGAGGACUUUUCUCCCGUGGCGGAGGUGCAGCCGGCGAGCAGCAGACCCUGGAGAGCAUCGCCAAGAACAUCCGAGAGCGGCAGUACAAGAGGGUCGUAGUGAUGGCCGGAGCUGGGAUCAGCACUCCCAGUGGCAUCCCAGAUUUCAGGUCCCCAGGCAGCGGUCUCUAUGACAACCUGCAGCAGUAUAACCUGCCUUACGCAGAGGCCAUAUUCGAGAUCGGCUUUUUCCAUCAUAACCCUGAACCCUUCUUCGCCCUGGCCAAAGAGCUGUAUCCGGGUAAUUACCAGCCCAAUGUCACACACUACUUUGUGCGACUGCUUCACGAGAAGGGUCUGCUUCUCAGGAUGUACACGCAGAACAUCGACGGGCUGGAAAGAUUGGCAGGGAUUCCCGCUAAGAUGCUGGUGGAGGCCCAUGGUACGUUUGCAACGGCCACCUGCACUGUUUGCAGGAGACAAUAUGAAGGAGAGGACCUACGACCAGACGUGAUGAGCGGGACGGUCCCUAAGUGUCCGACCUGUACGGGCGUAGUAAAGCCCGACAUCGUCUUUUUUGGGGAGGAGCUCCCGCCUCACUUCUUCAAAUACCUCACAGACUUCCCACUGGCAGACCUGCUGAUCAUCAUGGGCACCUCGCUGGAGGUGGAGCCCUUCGCCAGUCUGUCAGGAGCCGUACGCAGCUCUGUUCCCCGACUCCUCAUCAACAGGGACUUGGUGGGUCCGUUCGCCUGGAGAAGCCGCCGACCUCAUGACGUGGUGCAGCUGGGCGACGUGGUCAGCGGCGUGCAAGCCUUGUCCGACGCCCUCGGCUGGACUCAGGAGCUGGACGCUCUGAUGGCGUCCGCUGCUGAGAAAGCCUCAACAAAGACUGAAGAGUGAGAUUGUUUCACUGCAUCAAGCUGGAGGUUUGACCUUAUUUACUGCACCCGCUAAUGAAAAACACCCAAACUGAGGGACUACAUCCAGCCGACUGAGGAUCAUGUAAUAACAGACAUACUGGAGUCGAUGGAAACUCACAGACUGGCAAAAAAAGGAACAGCAGCAAUGGAAAUGUAAUAUAACAGAAGUGUUUCUCAGUUAAAUAUGACUCAGAUACAGACGACAGUGACACACAGUGAUGCUGUGGGACAAUCAAAUCAGGUGCUUUUUGUCUCAACAAAAAAGAAAAUGUCAAAAUGAGUGAUAUGUACAGUAGAAUACCUUGUGGACCUUUAUAAAGAAGAUGUUCAAUAAGA